AUGGCGACAACUCUAGGAUCAAAAAAGUCUAUCCGCAUUGGCGUCAUGUUGGAGGCAGUUCAGCUGAGCGAUAUCAUGGGCAUUGACCUCUUCGGCAACCUAUCCCGCGAAUAUUACAACAAAGUCAAGGACUUUGACCCCGAAUUCGCACAAUGGGCCGAUCACCCAGUCGACACCAAAUUCUACUUCAUCUCAUCCACUCUAGAGCCAGCCGAGAUGACCCCCGGCCUCAAAUUCGUCCCCAACAUCACCUACGACGACUGCCCUAGGGAUCUGGACCUCGUCCUCAUUGGUGGGCCACUCCCUAGCCACCGCCCGCCCGCUGCCGAACGCUUCAUCAAGGAAGCUUAUCCGACGACGAAGGUCUGGUUGACGACGUGCAUCGGUAGCCCUUGGUUGGCCAGCGCCGGGGUACUGAAGGGCAAGAAGUGCACGACGAACCGCGAGUUCUUGCCGUUUGCGAGACAGGUCCACCCCGAGACUGAGUGGCUUGACCAGAGGUGGGUUGUGGAGGAGAAGGAGUAUGAGGGCGAGGAGAAAGGCGAACUCUGGACUGGGGGCGGAGCCGGCGCUGGUCUUUCGAUGAUCAUCACGUACUUGAAUAAGAACUUUGAUCCUGGAUUUGUCCAAAAGAUGGCACUGGAAGCUAUUGCCUUUGAAGAGUUGGCGCUGAACCAGUUUUACAAGACUUCAAGGUAG